AUGGAGGAAAACAAAGGACUGGUGAAGCAUGUGUUGCUUGUGAGGUUCAAAGAUGAUACCACGCCUGACAAAAUUGAAGAACUCAUCAAGGGCGUCGCCAAUCUCGUCAAUCUCGUCCCUCCCACGAAAUCUUUCCACUGGGGAAGGGAUGUGAGCAUUGAGAACGUCCAUCAAGGCUUCACUCAUGUGUUCGAGACAACGUUCGAGAGCACAGACGGAAUAGUAGAGUACUUACCUCAUCCAGCCCAUGUCGAGUUCUCAAAGCGGUUCCUCCCCCGGUUGGAGAAAGUCCUUGGGGUCGACUUCAAGCCGACCACUGUUCGCACUUAA